AUGAUACCCAAUAGAUUUAUGCAAUGGCAACAUUUCUUGGCCCUCCUACCUCUUCAAGGAGCUGGCCUUAUUGUAACGACGCGUCUUUUGUGUGAGAAUGAUCAACGUGAAGUAUACGAUUCCAUUGACAGCGAGAGCAAACUUUUCGACAAUGAAUAUAUUCCCCCGCCUACAAAGCCUCCUGACUCCUUGUCUAUCAUCCACAGUAUACAACUCGCACAAAAGAUGCCAUACCUGAUCCAGCCACCAGCGCACUCCAUCUACACGUGCAAUCAGCCCCUUACCUAUACGCUUGCUGAUCCCACCCCUUCCGAGCUCUCUAAAAUCAAGGACCUUCAGAACUGGGGCUGGCAAGUCUCUUUGCACUCUCAAGAUGAUGAAAAGUAUCUUGCCGCUACAGAGAGAAUGGAGGAAGCGAUAAAGAAGAGACGGCGCAGGACCCAGAUGGUAUACGGCGAUAUGAUGGGCGAUGGGCCAAGGCCGACUUUUGAGGAAGUUUGGGAGCAGGAAUCGAUUAAAAGGUCAACGCGGGGACUAUAUGAGACGGAGGCAAAGGAGAUGGAUAUUAGUGAUCAAGCGAGCAUAAUGUCUCACAUGACACAACAGAAAAUUCGGUUGCAUUGGGCUGAUGAAGAAGCUGAGUGGGAAGCAGAGAAAUUCAACGUAAGAAAACCCCAAGAAGAGAGCUUUUGA